GGAUCCCCCCCAAAAAGGGGCUUUGGCGGGGCUGCUGCUCCCUGCUGAGCUGCUACCUAGCCCAGCAUCACGAGAUAUAAUAACCGCCCCACGCUGGAUGUUGGCGUGUCGCUCGAGAAACUCGCACUGCUCGUGUCCUUCUGUCCUUCCGCCCACCUCGCUCGCUGGGAAGGCGCAGAGGGUGCGGUUGCCCACCCCAGGAGGCAGGGAGUCCUCCUGGCAGGCUCUUGGGCUCUGUCGUCAGAGCACGGAGUCACCGCUGUCUCAGACAGCGCCUGCUCGGGUACCGACACAAACAGGAUACGACCGAGAGCCUUCCGGUGCGGCGCGAUGGGCCGUGAGCAACGGCCCGAAAUAGGCUGGGCCUUGGCUCGCAGGGCUCUGCCUGGAGCCAACUCACCCAAGCAUGGCCACCCAGAUGUUCGAGGGGAGAGGGCACGCAGCCGUCUACCAGAAAUACAGGUUUGCACCGGGCAAAGGGCUGCAGCAAACCAUCCUCACCUACCUGCAGGAGAAGAGGGCGAACCCUGCUGAGCUGGUGGUGGAUGUUGGCUGUGGGUCUGGACAAGGCACCCGCUUCCUUGCGGAGCACUUCAAGAAGGUGGUGGGAACGGACAUCAGUGAAGCGCAGAUCCAGGAGGCCAGGGACGCCCCCUCCAUGCCCAACGUCUCCUACCUCGUGUGCCCUGCAGAGGAGCUGCCGUUCGAGGAUGCCUCGGUGGACCUCCUGACUUCGUUUACGGCUGCUCACUGGUUUGAUAUCGAGAAGUUCAUGAGAGAAGCAAACCGGGUGGUUAAGCCGGGUGGUUGCGUGGUCAUCAGCACCUACACUGUGGACAUGAGUCUGCGCUACGGAAACUGCUCUGAAAAGCUGACCAAAGUCUUCAGGGAGUCCUGGGACCUGCUUUUAAAAUAUUCACAUAAUAGAAUAAAACUCGUCUUGGAAGACUACAAAGACAUCUUUGAGGCCCUGCCAUUUCCAGACAAGAAGAGAAUCACUGAUAUCUUUGACAAAAUUCCCAUGACUGUUGCUGGUGUGGUUGGUUACUUGGAGUCUGUCUCUCCAUAUCAAGCCUUUAAGAAGAAUGACCCUGAAGCUGCAAAAUCCCUCCUCCAAGAGACAGAAAAGAGGAUGCUGGAGGUGAUGGGAGUUUCUUCUCGUGAAACCCCGGUGGAGUUCUGGGUGAGGCACGUCUGUGUGCUGGGGUGCAAGGGACGGUGAGACGAAAACCCUUCUCCUGACCUCGUGCUGGAAGGGAAGGAUAAAGUGGGUUGUCUCUGAAUACCCAACUUGUGACCACCCUUAUUCCUUGGGAAGAUUGAUGCUGAUUUUGGUAAUUAAAAUUUUGAUCUUCUGUGGAAAGCAGAUGUGGAUUUAUGCAGGUUCCUGUCCAUGGUGGUCCUCCAGUCUGCCCAGCACUGUGCUGUCAGCACUGGAAGGGUCCAGUUUCAGACUGGUGGUGGUUGGAUUGCACUUAGGGAUGAGAAUCACAGUAACAGCUGAGAAACUUGCUGUAUUUCUUACACAAUUCAUAAUAAAAAAAAAAGCUGAGAAAAA